AUGGCAGCAGCCACUGCGGGCUACGAGUGGUCCCGGUCUUCACCACUGCAGCACUCGCCAGACACGACUUCGCCCAUGUACCCUGACCGCCCGAUUCGACCUCUUCCAAAGCGUCGCCUCCGCGCCCGUCUUUCCCCCGAGCAAGCCGACUCCAUCGUCUAUCCGCCGGCGCCCCCAAGCUCUGCUCCUCUGUUCAGCUUCCCCUACAGCCAGCUUGACAAAGUGUCGGGAGUUGCCGCGAGUCGGGUCCAGCGUGGCGACCACGAACCUCAUACCUGCCAUUGUGGCCACGACCAUUCCGAGCUGGACAGCGACGAGGAGGAAGACGACCGGGCCGCUGCUCUUCAAUCUUCGCCGAGCGUACAACCGUACUCUCGGAGUCUAUUGGGGACAAAGUCGGGUGCCUCUGCAGCAUUUUCGAAGCCGAGCUCGGCGUCAUCGUCUGCCGACGGGUACGAGUCUUUCGAGAAUACAAACAACAAGAAGAAGCGCAAAAUUCCUAACAUGGGGAGCAUCAGCGCACAUCACAACAACUUGACAGCGGAGAUGGCGAGCAUGGGCAUUUCUCAUGCUCGGGAUCCAGCGGCACAUGACGAUGGCGAGGGAGGAGUAGGACACUACUAUGGUUCUGGAUCUUCGGCAAUGCAGACUAGCUCUUCGGGCACGGGCAUAUCUGGGGCUGGACGAGGCCGCUAUGCGAGGUCCGGACGGACACCAGAGCGGCGGGUGUUAGGGACAUCUACAAACGCCAUGAAUGCAGGAAAGACGACCAGUGGUGCUAAGCGGGACUACAACGGUGCUGGAAACCCACCUGAGCAAGGCGGCAUUAUAUCCGCUGCAAUCGCCAACGCACAGGCGGAGCAAAGUCAAGCUGGGAACGAAAACGUUAGUCUACUGCAACAGCAAGCCGCCAAGACGCCUGAUAACUCCCAAUUCACCUUUAGCAUACCGUCAGACUCGGCCAAUAAAAUGGUCUGGCCGGGGCAACAGAAUGGCAACUUUGCACCACCCGACAGUCUUCAAGCUAGAGGAUACACCAACGCGCCAGAAAAGGCUUCACACAGAGGUGGACAACCUCAAUCCUCCCAACCUCGGACCACGCAAGGAACCCAGACCAGCCCUAACAUGAAUGGGAACCAGCAGGCUAGCAGCAAACCCCAGCCACAGGCACAGCCGGGAGCACAGCAGCCUAGGAAGCCGAGACGCAAGCCCGGGAAGAUAUAUGCUUUGGCCGCCCGCCAACGCAAGUUGCAGCAGGAAUACACCAACUAUCAUCAUCCGCCCAGCAGAGAGGAUAUUUGGAUAUGCGAGUUCUGCGAGUACGAAAGUAUUUUUGGAUCGCCCCCUGAAGCUCUGGUCCGACAGUACGAGAUCAAGGAUAGAAAAGAGCGGAAGCGUUUGGCCGAGAAGCGCCGAUUGCUGGAGAAAGCAAGGAUGAAGGGCCGGAAAGGAAAGAAGGGAACCAAGAAUGCUGCAAAGAACAACGCGAAUGCCAACCAGCAAGCUCAGAAUCCGCCUCCGAACCAGCGAUACGAUCAGCCACUUGACAAUGCACCGUUAGACCAGCAAGAGGAAGAAUAUUACGACGACGAAUACGACGACAUUCCUGCUCUGGCUCCCGCGGACAACGCUGUGCAAGCGCAUGCCGCUUCUAACGGUUACCAUGAGAAUCAUCCGCCAGGUCCGAACCUUAGGCACACCAGCGGCUCUCAAGCUCGUGGAGGUGGCAAGGCUGCCAACGGAGCGUAG